GCUCGGAGUUGGGUAGCAGUUGUUGUAACGAAUUACACAAAGAGUUGCCAUGUCUUGUUCACUACCCAUCAUCGUCAGAAUACGAAUCUCGCAAUGCCGGAUAUUACUCUAAGCAACAACAGGAGCUUCAUCCAGAAUGUGUACUAAGACCAAAGGUCACAGAUGACGUCUCGCGUAUUUUACAGAUCGCAAAUUCCUUGCAAUUUCCAUUUGCUGUAGCAUCCGGGGGCAUAUGUGCUGGAAGGGAUCAUCAAACAUUGAUGGAGGCUUUCUUAUUGACCUAAGGUCAAUGAAUGAAAUUAGCAUUCAACAUGAGCACCAGAUGGUUGAACUAGGCCCUGGCGCAACGUGGAUCAAUGUUUAUGCUGCCCUGGAACCGCAUCAUAUUUCGACGGCUGGAGGGCGAAUUAGCGGAGUUGGGGUUGGUGGC